AUGUGUCUCAUGAAAGCCAAAAAGGUGGGAUCAUCUUCUUGGUCUAGAGAUGCAAUGAAUAUCAACACUCUUCCAGAUGAAAUACUUGCGCAGAUCUUGUCUUUUCUUCCAACAAAACGAGCUGUUUCUACAUGCAUCCUCUCCAAAAGGUGGAGGAAUCUGUUUCCAUUGAUGAAUCUUCUCUUUGCUUCUCAAAAUCAUUUAUACUUUGACGACUCGGAAUUACUGCAUCCCGAGAAUCAUUACUUAGACGACUCGGUUAUAAUGACGAAGUAUACACGCUUAGGAGAGGGGCGGGAAUUAUAUUUAGUGUGUUAUUGUAAAGGUGGAAAGCGUAAAGUUAUUAGCGAGAAGAACGAUGUGCACCGAGGAUUCGGGGAUUUCGUGGAUAAAGCACUUUCCGGUCGCAUGACCAUAAAGAAGCUCACGCUAAAACUUCUUUCCGGUAGUAUCUCUGUCGCUCUUAUCAACAAAUGGACACGCAUUGCCCUGGACCGAGGUCUCGUGGAUCUUGAUCUGCGUAUAAGAACGGGAUCGUUUAAAGAGAAAGCACAUCAUUCUUCUAAUGCUGUCUUCACAAGCAAGACGCUGGUUAAGCUAACAUUAGGAAUAGAGGUUCAUCGUAUGCGAGUACGUUUACCAAAAGUGUUCCUUCCUGUGCUAAAGAGUCUCUUCCUCCAUGGAAUUCUGUUUAGAUGCCAUGACUUGUGCUUUAAGUUGCUUCCUGGUUGUCCAACACUUGAGGAACUAUCCUUAGAAUAUUACCCACAGAGGCUUCGAAUGUUUGUACAACAUGUGACAGAGUUAAGUAUAUCCAACAAUACCCUCAAGAGACUCACACUUCACUACAAUAGCUGUUGUGACAUCUCUCCAGUCAUGAAGUUCAACACACCGAGUCUUGUUUACCUCGACUUCUCUGGUCUUGCCUUGCAUUAUAAGUCACUUGCCUGUUUCUUGGAUUCCCUUGUCGAAGCCAAACUAGAUGUUGAUAUGCCACGGUAUUACAUUCAUCUCAGUCGUCCAUCUAUGAUCAUUAAUUGGAUGAGCAACGUCAAGAACCUUUCCCUUUCUUCUACUUCUGUUAAGCUUAUCCACUCAAGCGGUACGGAAUUAAUUCCUUACUUUGUAAACCUUGUUAAGCUUUCUUUAGAGAGUAAUACAACACAAGGUUGGCAAGUGCUUCCGAGUCUGCUCAACAAAUCUCCAAAACUUGAAACUUUGGUCCUCAAGGGCUUGCACUGUGUAAGAAAUGAGGGAGUCCACAUUGAUCCAAGCCAAGUGAAAGUGUUGGAGAUGUAUGGUUUUAGAGGAAGUGGUGGAGAAUUUAGUCAAUCCAAGCGCUUUUUACGUCAAAUGCAGUCUCUUCAAGUGAUGAAAGUGGAAAUUGAUGCUGAUUAUAACAAAAGACUGCAACUCAUCACUGAUCUUUUUGCUCUUUCAUCUAAAUGCCAAAUCCAGUUAUUUUGA